UGGAGCUCAGAUGCUCCCCUCAGCGUUUUGCUCUGAAGCAAAACAAAUUGGCCGGCAGAUCAGCUCUUCUUUUUUGCUCUGCAAGCAUGAGGCGUCACCGUUUGAGGUAGAAGGGCUGAGAGGAGCAACUGGCAGCCAUGGCUUUGAGCAUCAUACGUGGAAUGGAAGACCUGGUGGCAUCGAGCAGCCAGCUCGUCUGGAGUCUGGCUCAUCAGACGCUGAGGAGGUUGUACAAUCGUGGGCUGAUGCCGUGUCGACGCUUCCUGGAAUCCUGGUUCAGGAUAGGAAAAUGCUACCAGAUGACAGAAGGUCGUCUGUCCCAGGUUCUCCUCCUUGAUGGCAGGAAGCUGGAGCUGCUGGUUCAGCCGAAGCUUUUGUCCCGUGAUCUGCUCGAUUUGGUGGCCUCACAUUUUAACCUGAAGGAGAAAGACUACUUUGGAUUGUGCUUCACAGAUAACAAUGGCCAGAAUAACUGGCUGCAGCUGGAUCGUAAAGUCCUCGAUCAUGACUUCUCCAAGACAUCAGGGCCGUUGGAACUCAAGUUCCUUGUGAGGUUUUAUGUUGAGAAGAUCACCCUUUUGAAAGAAAAUACGACAGUGGAGCUCUUCUUCUUAAAUGCUAAAUCUUUAGUGUUUAAUGAAACUAUCGAGGUGGAGAGCGAAAAUGUUUUCAAGUUAGCCGCUUUCGCAUUGCAGGAGGCCAAAGGAGAUUAUACCAGUGCUGAGGCUGCCCGAUCAGACCUGAAGUUGCUUCCAGUACUGCCCACCAGAGUGCUAAAGGAGCAUCCAUCUCUCAGUUACUGUGAGGACAAAGUGAUUGAACAUUACAAGAAACUGAGCGGACUGACCAGAGGACAAGCUAUUGUGCAGUAUCUGGCCCUGGUGAAAUCCCUGCCCACAUAUGGAGUACAUUAUUACUCUGUGAAGGACAAGCAAGGAAUACCGUGGUGGCUGGGAGUCAGCUAUAAAGGCAUCGGCCAGUACGAUUUGCAAGAUAAGCUGAAACCUAGAAAGUUGUUUCAGUGGAAGCAGUUGGAGAAUUUGUACUUUCGUGAGAAGAAAUUUGCAGUAGAAGUGAACGACCCACACAGGAGAACGGUGACCAAGCGAACGUUUGGACAGGCCGGUUUGGUUAUUCACUCAUGGUAUGCCAGCCACUCUCUGAUUAAAACUAUCUGGGCAAUGGCCAUAAGUCAACACCAGUUCUACCUGGACAUGAAGCAAAGCAAAUCAAACAUGAGCAAGACCAGGAGCUCAGGAGACAUCGCUGUGGACCUCACAGAAAUCAAUGCCCAACGGAUCAAUAAACUCUCAAAUAUUGAGAGCAAAGAUCCAAUAAUAAUGGCCAGUAAUGGAAGCCUCAUCUCCACAGGUUCUGCUGAUUCUGAAGUAAUUGAGGAACAGAGGAAAGAAAAGAUUGCUGAACUAAAACAGAAGGAAAAGGACCUUCAGAGCAAACUGGAGCAGAAACUCGAAGAGCUGAAGACUAUCUGCAUGAGGGAAGCUGAGCUGACAGGCGAACUGCCUAAAGAGUAUCCUCUGGCUGCAGGGGAGAAAGCUCCUCCUGUCCGACGUCGUGUUGGGACAGCGUUCAAGCUGGAUGAUCUCUUUCCUUAUGAUGAGGACCCACAUCUUAGAAAUCUGGAGAGCAGGUUCGCCUUGCAGGUGAAGAUUGUAGAAGCAGCCUUGAAGCUAGUCAGCGAGUCUGACCUUAAAAGAACAGUGAAGAAGAAGAGGAAAACCAACUACCUGGAUGCUAUGGGGAAACUGGAGCAGAUAGAGAAAGAGAUAAAUGAUUAUAGAAUCACAAAAGGCAGAAAACCCUCUCAGAGAGCCUCGCUGAUCUUAGCAGAUGAUGCCCACAUCUCAGACCUCAGCUCUCUCUCUGACAGUCUUACACUGGAUGAUGAUGAUGAACUUGGUUCUCAGAGGCAGCGGUCACGAUCAGUCCAGUAUUCCCCACGACCACACCACGCAGAGACUCUGGACAUUUACUGCAACAAAGACAGACGAGCCUCUGCCAACGACCAGCUUUCAGACACCAGAUUCAUUUCUGACCAAAUCCAGGAGUCGUUCCACUGCAGUUACACUGAGACCUUAUCAGCCUACAACAGCCCACUGAAACCGGCUUCCAGACAGCCACGUGACGCCCGCAGCAUGCCCCCCACUCCCCUCCUCACCCGCAACGCCUACAGCAGCACACAGCUCAGAUCAGAGGACUCUCCACAACAUUACCGUCAGCGGAGCGGGAGCCUGGAGUCCCAGUCUCAGCUCCCGAUAGAAACCAGAGAGCCCCCACCGACGUUCGUGGUGUCCCCCGCCCGACGCAGCAACAGCACCGAUGUCCUUGACGACGGCUCCUCCUACACGAGCCAGUCCAGCGUGGAGUACAGCGCUCCGGGCAACCACACCCACCGGCACAGAACCCGUGGCCGCCACAGGAGAGACAUGUACGCCAACACGGGCAGCAUGCCCAACCUGGCUCAGUCGGACACCCGCUGCUACGCCUACCAGCCUCAGGCGCGGCCCACCACCACAGCCUAUUACAUCACAGGCUAUCCUAACUACGUGGAGCCGGAGCCACACCCCAGCAGAGCCUAUGUGUAUGAAAGUGAGAUGGAAGGACACUACAACGUCAACCCUUCCUACAACCACACACAUGCAGCUUACCACAGCCACGACAUGCACGCCCAGUACGGCUCUGACCAGAUGGACGGUUUUUCAUACAACCCAUACGCCACYCUGCGACCUCCCAGGAACCAUCCGCUGCCUCGUGGCAAGGACACGGACAGCAAGAAUUUCCAGAGAGCCCUGGCAAAUAAACACCUGUUGGACUGGUACGAGCGGAACACCACGCACAGACAGUACGACUYCGACGGGGGCUCCCAGCUCAUGUCUGCACAUUAUCCCCACAGCAGCAGGACCGUUUCCUACACAUCAGGGUCAGUGGCCCCGUCCAGCAGAACCUGGCAUUCUGCCACCAGUGGUCGUGGUACGUCAGAUUAUGGCAUGCCCGUGCACGAGCCACACUCCUACUCCUACAGUGCAGUCCCCUACAGCCUCUCCACCUACAGCAGAUCCUACGUAGACGUAAAGCACAUCAGCAACCAAAUGCACAGCAGUGUGGAUCCAGAGGAGCACAUUUGCUGGCACGAAGGCUCCAAACCAGGAACUAUUGUUUAGUCGCUGCAUUGUGGGAAUUUUUCACUCGGACAAGCUCUCAUUGUGCCUUAAACUGCACUUACCUGUUUUUGUAUAAAGAAGCUGGAAAGAAUGAUGGAACUUGUUUUUGGAAUUCAGCGUGUAAACAAAUGAAGUGCUCUUGUUUUCAGUUCCCUCGACCGCGGUUCUCCAAACCGAUGGAACUCCUGGAUUUUUAGUGCGUUUUGUGGAGCCGCCCCCCGUGCACCGAAACCAAACCGAGCCCCGCGGUGGACUGUGGCACGGCUGAGAGAAUCCAAACCAAACUGUGACAGUGUUCUUGAGAUGAGACUGAGAGAGAGUCUCUGGGAUGGGAAACGGAGCGUCAGUGAACAACACAGUGUUUUCUGAACACUGCAACCAUGAAGGAUUAAUAGAAACAUAAACAUGAAGGAUUGAGCUGAGUACAAAAUGAUUUUCUUUGAACAUUCUGCAGUAACUACAUCCAGUUUUUCACAUUUGUUGCUUUUUCCUUUUACUAAGUAUUCCGUCUGUCAGUACACACAAGAAUCGAGCCAAAUACUUAUUUGUUGCACCAUCUGAGUAUUACCACACGUCACCAGUCUGAUGUUACUGCCACUGCUGUUCUGUGUUUGUUAGAACCCAGUUAUUUGAUCCAUGCUGGAAAUCAUGGGCUGGUGCUCGUCGUUUCUCUACAGAWUGAACCCGUUCCUAAGUGUUGCUGUUGUAAAUACACUGGUUCUGUUCCCUUUUUGUAGAGCAUUUUUUUAUGUUUUUAAAAAAAACAUGUAAUAUAUAGUGAUCAAUAAUUGUUAAGCUGGUUCUUAGUAAUUUGUAUAAUUGCAUUUGUUUGGAUUAAAAAAACAUUUGAAUCAGU